CCCCACCCUCUCCCUAUAUAAUCGGUCGCCUCCCCACUCCAUACCUCCUCCUAGCUCCACUGUCCUCCUCCUCUCCUCACGUCAGUCAACGUCCAUCUGCAUUUGCUGGUCCUCCUCCUCCUCACGCGCGGCGCGACCCACUCCAGCUGCGUUUGCUGCGCAGCGUUCCUCCUCCUCCGCACGCGCCUCGUGUUUGAGCAUGGCAGUUCUCAAGGACACCUUCGCACACCAUUUCGAGGUCGUGGCCAUCCUUGCGGGCCUCUUCGUCUUCGUGGUCCUCGUCACUCCGUCGCCGCCGGUGCAGGGCUCGCUCCGUCCGCCCAGCGUUUGCGUCGCACCGUACGUCUACUACGAGCGGAUCGGCAUGAUACAGCCCUACCUCUUGUUCUCCAUCCUUGUCUCCGGCCUCCUCACCUCCAGCCUCAAGCGCCGCACCGCCGCGGCCGACGCGCCCCCGCCGACUCUGUGGAUCCGAGCAUAUGGGAUGCUGGCUCUCCUCCUGUCGUUCGUGAGCAUCCUUCUUCUCGCGGUGCUCGCGUCCUACAUGGCGCAGGUGAGGUCUUCGACCUUCUCUUGCUGGAGCGGGGCAAGCAAGGCCUCUGCCUGCAUCUUCGGCACCUUCGUUGGCCUAGUGUGUGUGGCUACCUACUAUGAGCUCGCGACAGUCAUCAUGUGGGCUGCUUACUAGUCUUUUCGAUCGAUUAUGGCUCGACUAUUACCAUGUCAUUAGUACUGCUGUCUUUCCAAUUAUCAGAUGGUGAUGGGUAUGUGAGGUGUGAUGUAUCUUAUCUCCUUUGGAUGUAUGCAUUUGAGAACUUUCCUUAUAUGCUAUCCGGAGUGUUAGUGGAGAAAAUCAUCAUGUAAUAAUCAGUUUCAGUUGUUAACUUGGUUCGCUUGGAAUGAUUCGAUCAGUUUCUGCCA